GCUGGGGGAGCUGCCCGCUCAGCCCCGGUGCCGGCCCGCAGCCCGAGCAGGAGGCACCGGGCGCCGGCUCACCUGUCUUCGGGGAGGAGGAGGAGGAGAAGGACCUGAACAAGGCGCUGGGCGUGGAGCGCUUCGAGGAGAUCCUGAGCGACGCUCACCCCCGAAACGCUGAGGAGGCCGGACGCAGCUACGGCGAGGAGGACUUUGAGUACCACCGCCAGUCGUCCCUCCACAUCCACCACCCGCUCUCCAC